GCCCGGAUGCGGAAGUGCAGAUAGUGCAUUGAAGCAGCUCCAGGAGGAUGUGAAACCGACACUAAACGGCCUCGAACCGCUUGAAACGCCAUGAAAUCACUAUAAUAGGAGGUUUUUUAGGUUGAGUAGACUUAGAUUUGGCUGUAAUUAUGAUUUUAGCGCAGUAUUUUGUUGUUUUGGGGCUGUUUUUGGCGCUGGGAGCUGUGAAGAAGGAUGGAGGAGACGACGAGUGGGUCCAUCUGCCGAACAAGUGCGAAGUUUGUAAGUUCGUGAGCAUCGAGAUGAAAUCUGCUUUUGAGGAAACGGGAAAAACGAAAGAAGUGAUUGACAGAAACUACCGGUUCAUCGACGGGAAAGGCGCCGCGCCCAUCAAAUACGUCAAAUCAGACCUGCGUUUCAUCGAGGUCGUGGAGAACGUUUGCCAAAGACUUCUGGAAUACAACCUGCACAAGGAGCGAAGUGGCUCAAACCGCUUUGCCAAAGGCAUGUCUGAAACCUUCUCCACUCUCCACGGUCUGGUGAACAAAGGAGUGAACGUGGUGAUGGACAUUCCGUACGAGCUGUGGAACGAGACGUCCGCCGAAGUGGCUGACCUCAAGAAACAGUGCGAUGUGCUGGUGGAGCAGUACGAGGAGGUGAUCGAGGACUGGUACAAAGGCGACCAGAGCGAGGACCUGACCACGUACCUGUGCGCCAAACACGUCUUAAAGGGACAGGACGCCGCCUGUCUGGACGAGCAGUGGUCGAAGAGAAAGGGAGAGCGCGCCGCCAUCGCAGAGGAAAAGAAACUCAAAAAGAACAAGAAGAAGAAGAAGGGGAAGAAAGACGGCGACGCUUCAGACGCGGAAAGUAAGAAGAAGAACGACAAGAAAGUGAAGAAGAAGAAGAAGAAAUCUAAAGCUCCGGUGGAGAGCCAGGAUCCAGGGGCCACGACAGACGAGGACAUCCAGCCACAGGUGCCUCUGAGCGGGACAAAGACUGAGCUGUGAGCCCCUGGUCCUGGAGCUGCUCCGGCCACAAUGAAAGUGAGGAACA